CACUCUACUCCUUUAGCUACCCCCACCCCCUACCCCCAACCAAUUUCCCUUCUCUUCCCCUUCCUUUCCCUUCCCUUCCCUUGCCUUUCCCUUUCUGUUUUCCUUCUUCUUCUCCACCUCCAUUCCACUAAGCUCUGCGGCGGACAGUAAAAUGCGACUCCUCCUUCUCCUUCUUCUUUUUCUCCACCUCCACCUCCACGACCGCCGUUCCCUCGCCGCUCACAUUCCCGAAUACCGAGCACUCCUCUCCUUCAAAUCCUUCAUCACCGAUGACCCGCAAUCCGCUCUUGCCUCCUGGAACAGCUCCACUAGCCAUUGCAAUUGGACCGGCGUCACGUGCGAUUCCCAUCGGCACGUGACCGCGGUCGACCUUUCCGGCCUUAACCUCUCCGGGACCCUUUCUUCCGACCUGGGUCGCCUUCCUUUCCUCUCCAACUUCUCCGUCGCUUCCAACCAGUUUUCCGGUCCAAUCCCGCCUGAGAUCUCCGAGAUUCCUGGCCUCCGACUCCUCAACCUUUCCAACAAUGUCUUCAACGGCACCUUCCCGCCUCAGUUCUCGGAGCUCAAGAACCUCCAGGUUCUUGACCUCUACAACAACAACAUGACUGGGGAUUUGCCUCUCGUUGUGACGGAAAUGCCCAGCCUUCGCCAUUUGCAUCUAGGUGGGAACUUUUUCGCCGGCAGUAUUCCGGCUGUGUAUGGCCGGUGGGAGUUUCUAGAAUACUUGGCGGUUUCCGGCAAUGAGCUUACCGGUCCGAUACCGCCGGAGAUCGGAAACCUCACGAAGCUUAAGGAGCUCUACAUUGGGUACUACAAUAGCUACGACGGUGGUUUGCCGGCGGAGAUUGGAAACCUUUCCGAACUUGUUCGUUUCGAUGGGGCAAACUGUAAUUUGUCCGGUGAGAUCCCACCUGAGAUUGGAAAGCUUCAGAAGCUCGACACUCUGUUUCUUCAAGUGAAUGCCUUCUCUGGGCCUUUGACACCUCAGCUUGGGAACUUGAACAGCUUGAAAUCCAUGGACUUGUCGAACAACGUGUUUUCCGGUGAGAUACCUGAGUCAUUCGCACAGCUUAAGAACUUGACACUCUUGAACCUUUUCAGAAACAAGCUUCACGGAGCCAUUCCGGAGUUUAUCGGAGAUUUACCUCAGCUUGAAGUUUUGCAGCUAUGGGAGAACAACUUCACCGGAAAUAUUCCACAGGGUCUGGGUAGGAACGGUAAGCUUCAGCUUCUGGAUCUUUCUUCGAACAAAUUGACGGGCACUCUUCCUCCUGACAUGUGUUCCGGUAACCAUCUUCACACUCUGAUUACUCUGGGAAAUUUCUUGUUCGGUCCGAUCCCUGAAUCGCUUGGAGAGUGUAAGUCGUUGAGUAGGAUUCGAAUGGGCGAGAAUUUUCUCAACGGGUCGAUUCCAAAGGGUCUUUUUGGUUUAUCUGAGCUCACUCAGGUUGAGUUGCAGGACAAUCUUCUCGCCGGAGAGUUCCCAGAAACCAAUACGAUUGCGUUAAAUCUCGGUCAGAUUAGUCUCUCGAACAAUCAGCUCUCUGGGUCUCUACCACCGACAAUAGGCAACUUCUCCGGUGUUCAGAAGCUUCUUCUCGAUGGAAACAAGUUCUCCGGGAGAAUACCACCUGAGAUUGGGAGGUUACAGCAGCUUUCCAAAAUCGACUUCAGUCACAACAAAUUCUCGGGUCCAAUCGCGCCGGAGAUUAGCCAAUGCAAGCUUCUAACAUUCGUUGAUCUUAGCCGAAACAAUCUUUCCGGCGAGAUACCGAACGAGAUUACCGGCAUGAGGAUAUUGAACUACCUCAACCUUUCCCGAAACCAUCUAGUCGGUAGCAUUCCACCAUCUAUAGCCACUAUGCAGAGCUUAACAUCUGUUGAUUUUUCAUACAACAAUUUCUCUGGUUUGGUUCCUGGUACUGGUCAAUUCAGCUACUUCAACUACACUUCGUUUCUUGGCAAUCCCGAUCUAUGCGGUCCGUAUUUGGGUCCGUGCAGAGAUGGGGUUACCAAUGACACCCAUCAAGCUCAUGUGAAAGGUUCGCUCUCUGCUUCUUUGAAGCUCCUUCUUGUCAUUGGAUUGCUUCUGUGCUCUAUAGCAUUCGCAGUUGCAGCUAUUAUCAAAGCCAGGUCAUUGAAGAAAGCCAGCGAGUCUCGCGCUUGGAAAUUGACUGCUUUCCAGCGCUUGGACUUCACUGUGGAUGAUGUUUUAGAUUGCUUGAAAGAGGACAAUAUUAUAGGCAAAGGAGGUGCCGGAAUUGUCUAUAAGGGGGCUAUGCCGAACGGGGAUAAUGUGGCCGUGAAAAGACUUCCGGCGAUGAGCCGAGGGUCUUCCCACGACCAUGGAUUCAAUGCUGAGAUUCAAACUUUGGGUAGGAUCAGACACCGUCAUAUUGUUAGAUUGUUGGGUUUCUGUUCAAACCAUGAAACAAAUCUUCUGGUUUAUGAGUACAUGCCUAAUGGAAGCUUAGGUGAGGUCCUCCAUGGUAAGAAAGGUGGUCACUUGCAUUGGGAUACAAGGUAUAAGAUUGCUGUAGAGGCUGCAAAGGGUCUUUGCUAUCUCCACCAUGAUUGCUCGCCACUAAUUGUCCAUCGAGAUGUGAAAUCGAACAAUAUCCUUCUUGAUUCAAGUUUUGAAGCUCAUGUUGCUGAUUUUGGCCUUGCCAAGUUCCUGCAGGACUCGGGGACAUCCGAAUGCAUGUCGGCCAUUGCUGGUUCUUAUGGAUAUAUUGCACCAGAAUAUGCCUACACCUUGAAGGUUGAUGAGAAGAGCGAUGUUUAUAGCUUUGGUGUGGUGCUUUUAGAACUUGUUAGUGGAAGAAAACCAGUUGGUGAAUUCGGAGAUGGGGUGGACAUAGUUCAAUGGGUUAGGAAAAUGACAGAUUCCAACAAGGAAGGAGUUCUCAAAAUCCUAGACCCAAGACUACCUUCAGUUCCACUCCAUGAAGUAAUGCAUGUAUUCUAUGUAGCAAUGCUCUGUGUUGAAGAACAAGCAGUGGAAAGACCCACAAUGCGUGAAGUUGUUCAAAUUCUAACAGAGCUCCCAAAAUCACCAAGCUCAAAACAAGGUGACUCAACAAUCACGGAGUCACCACCAGCACCACCACCAGCAGCUACCACCGCCUUCGAAUCCCCGGCUAUGACAACCAAAGAUUCGAAAGACAAUCAACAGCAUCCGCCGCAAUCGCCUCCACCUGAUCUUCUCAGCAUUUGAAGUGGAUUCAUAUGAUUUGUUGGAGGGGAGGGAUGGGAGUGUUGGUUCUAAAGAAGUUCCAAGAAUUGUCUUAUUAGUCUUUUAGUAUCUACGUUUUGUUCCUUUUUACUUUUUUUUUUUUUAAUUUGGGGAGGAGGGAAAUCGGUUUGCUCUAACUUUAAGGUUUUAAUGUUUGAUUUUUUUUUUGGUGUACAGUAGGAUUGGUGGGGUUAUUUUGUUACAAGUAUGUCUUUCAAUCGAAAAAAGUAUUUGUAGUUGUA